GAUUGUGAAGAAUCGAUACUCUGGUCUAUGGCAAAUCGUCAUGCAGCGGUGUGGAUGAUGAACUGGUCACAUCAUCACAUGCAAACUUCGCAAAUUUAAGACUGAAUGAGAAAGAUUUCGUCUUAUAGUCGACAGUGAGAUUAGGCAAGUAAACUAUGAGUAGUUCAGAGGAAGUAUCAUGGAUCUCCUGGUUCUGUGGCCUCCGAGGGAAUGAAUUCUUUUGUGAGGUUGAUGAAGAUUACAUCCAGGACAAAUUCAAUCUGACAAAUUUGAAUGAGCAGGUGCCACACUAUCGGCAAGCAUUGGACAUGAUUUUAGAUCUUGAACCAGAUGAUGAACUGGAAGAGAAUCCAAAUCAGAGUGACCUGAUAGAACAAGCAGCUGAGAUGUUGUAUGGACUUAUACAUGCACGAUUCAUCAUGACCAAUAGGGGCAUUGCAUUAAUGCUUGAAAAGUACCAGCAAGGUGAUUUUGGCCAUUGCCCAAGGGUCUACUGUGAGAACCAGCUAGUCUUGCCCAUUGGGUUGUCAGAUGUUCCAGGAGAAGCUAUGGUCAAGCUUUAUUGCCCUAAAUGUCAGGAUGUUUACACACCUAAAUCAUCGCGACACCAUCACACAGAUGGCGCAUACUUUGGCACUGGUUUCCCGCACAUGUUCUUCAUGGUGCAUCCAGAGUAUCGGCCUAAACGCCCUCCAAAUCAGUUUGUUCCAAGAUUGUAUGGCUUUAAGAUUCAUCCUACUGCUUAUGAGAUACAGCUCCAAGCUGCUGCAGCACGUAGUCGCUCAGCUUCCUCCCGUCCCCGUUCAGCCAAACCUCCCUACAAAUAACUUUUGCAGUCCCAAAAUAAUUCUUUGAUCCUGUGAGAAAAAAGGCAGAUGAUGUCUUUUGGGAGAAUAUUCACUCAACUAGGUUUUGAGGUCCAAGAACUGCAUGUUUCCAGUCCACACGGUCUGUUAUGCUAUCCAUUUUUCAAAACAAUGCAUCCACACGGACAUGUUUUUCCAAAGGUUUAACGGUUUCCAAGCUAAUUAUUGGAGAUUGACAGAGACUUUUGUGAAGUACCAGGCAGUUUAAUCAUUUGGAAAGGUGCUUUGAACUAAAUGUCAAGUGUGUGGAUUCUUAUAACUGUAAAGUUAAUUCAUAAGCAUCAGUACAUUUACUUGGAAGUACAGAAAUGUUUCAUUUAACCUGUGAGAGUUCUGCCCGGAAAUUAUGCUCAAAAUUAGUCAAAAACAUGUACAGUGUAUAUGCAUAGGAGAACUGCCUUUUGUUUUGUAACUCAAGUAUGUGGUAUGCCGAAAUGCUGACAGUGUAUUUAAAAUGACAUUCUCUGUGAUAACAUUUCUCUGGUUUUAACAUUUAUAAAUGAAAUGCGUCUGCACAACUUUUGUCUGUUUCAUUGGUCCUUCAAAAUUUAGGCGAAUCAGAGAUGCAUCUUCCCGAAUGUUGCAAUGCUUGAUCUUUUAUUUUCAAAAGAAUACAGUAAAACUGCUAUUUUGUGUUUCAGAAAAUAACUAAAAAUGCUCUGAAUCUUUCUGAAUUGUACACGACAUGCUGCAAGGAUUUGUAGUGGUCAAGCUUCAUACAAGGAACAAAAUAGCACAUUGCUGUGGGAUUGGUGGGUUAUAUGUAUGUCCAUUUUUAAGUAUAAUUGGAAUACUGCUAGAAAAUACCCUUCAGGGUUUUAACGGUCAAAACGUAAACAAUUUUGUAACUAGACUGAAGUCCUUAUCUCGUACAGUCAGUGUUACGAGAGAUGUUUCCCUUUUCUCAUUUUUGAAAAUUCACAGAUGCCAUCUUUAAGAUUAUAAAUAAAAGUAACUACACGUAAGUACUUAAGCACUGCAUGAAAUAACAUAAUGUAGCAGACAUUAGUAGAUGUUUUAUUGUGUGCAAUUAUGUUGUUUCUGCUUUGGGGGAAUUACAUGUACAUGUAAAGCACAAUGUGCAGUUUGAUGUGAUGUACAUUGACAGUAAAAGUAACUUAAGAGUAUUAAAAGUUUACAUGGAAACCAUGA